AUGGGCCUCGGCCCGGUGGAUAGGAGGCGGAGGAGAAGCCGGCAAAUCAGGGGACGAUUGCUUCACUUUAUAACGCAGGGUUCAAAAGUCAACAAACUGCAGAUGGAUGGGGAAAUGAAGAAUGACUCAGGGAAGGUGACACAAGACAUGGAUCAAGGAAACUGUGAAUCCAGUACCACUUUAACUUUGGUGAACGAUUUAAAUAAAUGUAUGAGGGAUGUUUGGUCUAUUUCAAACAUGAUUGAAAGUCUUGGCGCUUGUGUAGAAUAUAUGGACGAGGAGUUGCCAAAAUAUCUAUACAAGGUACAUCAUCCGUUAGAGAUGAUUCAGUUUCCAGAGGAGAAACCAAGAUCUAUCAAACCAGAGUCACUUCUACCAAUUUUUAAUGAAGAUUUUGAUGAAGAUGAAUUUUACUAUUGGAUAGAAGAUGUAGAAAGUGGUUUUGAGUAUUGUGAUGUCGCCAUGGAUAAACAAGUAGAAGUUGUAGUCAGAUGCACAUUGCCACUUGAAGGAGAGGCUUUCAAAUGGUGGCAAGGUAUCCAAGAGCUAAGCAAGACAGUCGAUGGAAAAAAUUCCAUUGGGUGGAAUGAGAUGAAAAACUUGUUUAUGUCUAAAUACCUUUAUCCAAAGAUUGUUUGA